UGAUUUAUUUUAUGUGUUUAGUGUCGUGCAGUGACAACAAUAUAUAAAAUAUUUAACAAUAAUUUUUGUUACAACUACAAUUAAUAACAAUCAAAAUGGAGCAAAUUACGCAAUAUUUUGAGCAAAUGGAUUACGUGUCCUUCGGCGUUAUAGCGCUUCCCUGCGUUAUCAUCGCCGUCUACGGAUUUCUGCAAGUGGCCAGCGGACUUGCCAAAAGCAAAAAUGACAAAAUGCAGCGCUGCAACAAUAAUAACAACAAUAAUCAUAAUAACAACGGCAACAGUGGCAGCAACAACAGCAAACGUUGCACACAGAAAUAUGCCAAUGGCAACAUAGCAACAACAGCAAAUGCAACUGCAACAACAGCUGCCACAGCAACAAUUGCUAACAGCUAUCAACAAAAUAAUAACAGCAACAACAGCAACAACAGCAACAACAAGAGCAAUGCAACACGCAAAGCGCGCUACAACCACAGCAACAACAACAACAGCAACAACAUGAAGCGGCAGGAUGGCAAUGCCACCGCUGCUUACAACAUGCAACAAAAGCGAUCAAAUGUUGCCGGCUCUGAUGCGACCUGGCAUCGUUUUGUCACUUCUUCAUGCAUCGAAGAGAAAUUUUUGAGCCAUCACAAUCCGGGUCAUCGGAACAGCACCAGCAGCGAGGCGACCAGCGAGGACAUUCACUCCAGUGACGAACACCCGAACAAGGCCAAGAAUCGUUCAAUCAAUGGACACGGCGGCAACAACACAGCUGGCGGCAACAGCAGCAGCAACAAAUCACGCUCCAAGCGGCAACAGAAGUCACAGUCCGUGAAGCAAACGGGGAACAGGACACAAUUGCCGAUGGCGGUGCAGGGGCAGGGGCAGGUGCAACCACUGGAGGUGCAACCAGCGAUCAAAGUGAAUAACAGCAGCAGCAGCAGCAGCAGCAAGUGCAAGCAGGGCAAAUGGCGCAACAGCAACAACAUUAGCAGCGGCAGCAACAGCAACAGCAGCAACCAAAAACGCAGCAGCAGCAACAACAACAAAUCGAAGCAAUCUAAAUGCAACAGCAAGGCAAGUGGCAACAGCAACAACAGCAGCAGCAGCAACAACAUAAACAACAAUAGCAGCAUCAGCAGCAGCAGCAGCAACAACGGCAAAUCAAUUGACAGCUAUUGUGGCAGCAACAGCAGCAACUCCUCAUCAGCGCUCAGUUCGCCAGGCAGCUCGCCAAACAGUGGCAGCAACAGCAGCAGUGGCAACAGCAGCUGCAACAGCAACAGCAGCAUCAGUGGCAUUUGCAACAGCAGCAACAUCUUCAUCAGUGGCUGUGGCAGCCACAACAUCACUGGCAACAGCUGGCAACAUAGUAAAGUCUAUAGACAGAAUGUGAACUUUUUGGUGCCACCAUUGCGUCAAUAUGAACGCCUCGAUCUGGAUGAUGUCACAUUGCAGCAACAGCUGCAACGUUAUCUAAUCGAGCCGCAUCUGUUGCGCGUCUAUGGAUUUCCCGUUGAGAGUGUUGUCCAUGAGGGCGCCAUUGAGAUAUUCAAGUGUCUGCCACACAUGAAUUUUGCCGCCGCCCAUGUGAUGGCCGUCACAGAGACGGCGCUAACGGUUAUCAAUUGUCACGAUGGCUUAAACACAAGCAACUUUGAAUAUAGCCAGCAGUGUCAGGAGGAGGAGGAGGAGGAGGAGGGUGGUGAUGCUGAUGGCGAGGGUGAGGGUACAAUCAACGAGAUUGGUAGUGAGGAACUUGAGGCCAGUCCGGCAAGCACAUCAACCGAUUCGGGCAACAUUUCGCCACGUUCACUGGACUCGGAAUCGGGUGGCGAAUGGAGCGGCAGUGAAUGUGAAUCGUCGCCAAGUGGCCUGGAAUUAUAUUGCAACUAUGCGCACAUGGAGCGUAGCUUGGCCAAGCAAUGUGUGCGUUGCAAGCAUGAUUUCCUUGUGGAUGAGCUGAGUGGUCAGUAUUUGACGCGCGAGGAGUGCAGCUAUCAUUGGGGCAAAUAUCAUCGUUGCUACGAUGGCAAUGCCUGGGUCAGUCGCUGGACAUGCUGCAAUGCCAGCGAUGAGUGCGAUUCGGGUUGCACCCGACACGAGUUGCAUGUGUGGACGGGAUCCGUUGUUGGUGUCAAUGGACCCUAUCGCGAUUUUGUCCAUACACGGCCACGAUCACGAUCAUCAAGUCAAACUGGCAAUCGUCAUAAUCGUGGCCCACAAACAGCUGCGGUUUAUGCAUUGGACUGUGAGAUGAGCUAUACGGGACGUGGUCUGGAUGUGACCAAAGUCUCACUGGUCGCACUCAAUGGUCAGCUGGUUUACGAGCAUUAUGUGCGUCCCGAUGCGGAUAUUGUGGAUUAUAAUACACGCUAUUCGGGCGUCACCGCCAAGGAUCUCAAAUCGAGCGGCGUCAAAACGCUGGCCGAGGUGCAGCGCGAUCUGCUGGAACUGAUCGAUGCCGACACCAUAUUAAUUGGUCACGGCCUCGACAAUGAUUUGCGGGCAUUGCGACUCGUGCACAACACACUGAUCGAUACAUCGAUUGCGUUUCCGCAUUCCAGCGGAUUUCCCUAUCGUCGUGCCCUGCGACAUUUGACCAAAACGCAUCUGAAUCGGGAGAUCCAGAGUGGCGAUGGUGCCACCGGACACAGCAGUUUCGAGGAUUCACGCGCCUGCAUGGAACUGAUGCUUUGGCGUGUCCGUUGCGAACUCGACUCCGAUGGCAGCUGGGAGGAUUAACCAAUUAACCGAUUAAUU